UUCCUACCGGACGGGACUCCGCUGCUCACAUGCUCCCCGUCUCCUUGGUAACAACUACGUCCGCUAUUUACCAAACACCUCAACGAUUUAUUUAAACAACAUGGACAUCCAGGAAAGAAAUGUCCGAGGCUGUGGAGACAACAUCGUAGAAAUGGUUGAUAUGGACGAAGAAAACUUUGCUAUUUCCAGUUCCUCAGCUGCAGAUGCUGCUUUUGAUGCUGUUAUUGGCUGCAUAGAGGACAUCAUCAUGGAGGACGAGUUCCAGCAGCUUCAACAGAGCUUCAUGGAGAAACACUACUUGGAGUUUGAGGACUCUGAUGAGAACAAGCUCAGCUACACACCCAUCUUCAAUGAAUAUGUUGACCUGCUGGAGAAACACCUGGAGCAGCAGCUGAUGGAGAGGAUCCCCACCUUCAACAUGAACACUUUCACAGAGCUGCUAAUGCAACACAAAGAAGAGGUGCCAGGUGACAUCUUUGAUAUGCUGCUGACAUUUACUGACUUCAUGGCCUUUAAGGAAAUGUUUCUGGAGUACAGAGCGGAGAAGGAGGGCCGAGGUCUGGACCUGAGUGAAGGACUUGUGGUCACAUCUCUGAAACACAGCGGCUCCUCUGCAUCACAGUGACACUCACACACUCAAUAGCAACAACUGAAUUCCUCCUCUACAUAUUUCAUAUUUUGUUCAUUGGCCUUCAGAAAGUGUUCAGCUUGUGGUCCGUUUUUAUUUUGUGGAUUUUGUACUCUUAUGGACUGCUGGAUGUGCUCCCCAUACAUCUACAGUCUGUGCAUGGAAGAGCCCUAAUGGAACGCCUCUAUAUUAAUCAUUUUAUACAGUCUAUGAUAUUAAUACGUCUGUGUUUAAUGUGGCCGGUGGGAUGGACUGUGUGCUUAAGAGGCUCUUUGUAUUUAAAGAGGGAGAAUGUAAGGUUUUGGCUUCUUUCUACUCCCCAACCACUGAAUGUAAUGACCACUUGAAAUAUUCAGAUCAGUUUAACUGGAUUCUGCAGGUUAGAGGCCUAAUCUGGAUGUUAUUGUUUUUUAUUAAGAGUUUGCAUUUGUUAGUUGUGCCUGAUGGGGACUAGAGCUCGGUACUCUGGUGCUGUAUUAGAUGUGUGUUUUUCAGCUCAUCCUCCUAGUUGUUAUAUAAAAGGCAUCAACAAAUCCGCUUGUAAGCAGGAGAAACAUUUGAUAUGAUCAAAGUUCUCUGCUCUCUUUGCCUGAUACAUUUUUUCAUAAAUAUUAUAGCAGAACUAAUAUAUGUUUUACAGAGUUUUAAAUUAUUUUUUUGCUCAAUUGAAAAAACUCAUUGUAUUGAGUUUUGUGCCUGUGAAAGUGUUUUUUUUUGUAAUGUCUUUGUGAUUGUGUGUGAAUGUGUGCGUGUCUGCAAUUAGAAAUAAGAUUUACAGUCUAGUUUUCAGUACAAUGUCAAAGUAUUUUCUACAUGUCCUAACAUGACAGCUGUAAAUUAAUAUUUAUGUCUCCGGUGAAAUGCUGUUGAUGUCUCAUUUGUUAGUAAAAAAAGAUAUUUUUAAAUAAACUUUGAAAUCACCAAGUGC